AUGAACUUAGCAAAGGAGUUCAAAGUCGCUGUGAUUGGUGAUCUUGGAGUUGGAAAAACAUCUUUAUUAAUGACACAAAAAAUUCAAAGUUAUGAAGAAAAAUUUGGGAAUGGAGAAAUAAAUUAUUCUUUUGAAUUUGAGAUAAAUAAAUUACCUAUUUUACUAAAGGUGUGGGAAGUAGAUUGUAGUGAGAGUUAUGAUGAAUUUAGACCAUUAAGUUAUCGAGAUACAGAUUGUUUUGUAAUUGUCUUUUCUUAUAUAGAUAAAGAUUCAUUAGUUCAUGCUGAACGGAAGUGGUUACGUGAAGUAAAAAAUAAUGUUACAGAUCCAAUAGUAGUUUUUGUAAUGACUAAGGUUGAUUUGAAAAGUGAUCAAAAUCUAGAAGAUAUAACAACUGAAAAGAAAAUUGUAACAGAAGAUUUAUUAGAGUCAUUUAAAUUAAGAUCUGAAUCUCAUUUUCUUUACGAAUGUUCAGCAAAACAAGUUGGUGAUGUUAGACUUCUUUGGAAUAAAAUAGCUGAAAUUAUCUGUGACUCUAAAAAAACAAAAAGAAAAAGAAAAUUAUCAACUUCAGAAAAAAUUAAAAGCCUUUUUAUUUAA